AUGACGAAACCCGCGGUCCUUCUCAUCGGCGGCUUGACACACUCAAAUAAAGAAUGGCAAGAGUAUGGCUCCAAAUACAUUCUGAAAGAAUUCCGGCAGGGAACCCGCGAUCGAUUUCUCUCCAAUUGCAAGAAUGGUGAAUACAAUGAUGUGGUUGCUCUCUACCGUUCCAAUCAAUCGACCUCAGAGACAGGGCCCUUCGACCAAGAAUUAGUGUCCGCCUUGCCAAAAUCUCUCAAGUACAUCUGCCACAACGGCGCGGGAUACGACAACAUUGAUGUGGAGGCCUGCACUCAGAAAGGAUUGAAAGUCUCCAGUACGCCGGUCGCCGUCGACGAUGCCACCGCAGAUAUUGGUAUUUUCUUGAUGUUGGGUGCUCUUAGACAAGCCUGGAUACCUUUGACAGCCAUCCGAGAAGGACGAUGGAGAGGGAAGACACCCAUAGGACAUGAUCCGAAGGGCAAAGUACUGGGUAUCCUGGGUAUGGGUGGCAUUGGUAGAGCCAUGGCCCAGCGGGCACGAGCAUUUGGGAUGAAGAUUGCCUAUCACAACAGAUCUCGACUGCCCAAAGAACUCGAAGGCAACGCGACUUAUCUCACCUUUGAUGAAUUGCUGGCACAGUCGGACAUUCUGAGUUUGAACCUCUCCCUCAAUGCCGAAACCCGUCACAUCAUUUCGGCUCCAGAGUUCGCAAAGAUGAAAGAGGGGGUGGUUAUUGUCAACACGGCUCGAGGCGCCCUGAUCAACGAAAAAGAUCUGGUUGCAGCGCUGGAGAGGGGGAAAGUGGCAUCUGCAGGGCUCGAUGUAUUCGAGGAAGAACCCAAGGUCGAGAAAGGCCUCUUAACCAACGACAAAAUCUUCAUCGUGCCCCAUAUUGGGACCAACACCUACGAAACGCAACGGGAGAUGGAACUGUUGGUGCUGCGCAAUAUGGAGAAUGCAGUAGAGACAGGCUCAUUGUUGACACCGAUACCUGAACAGAAGGGCAAGCUUAAUGGCCACUUGUGA